GUUCUGAUUGACCUACGUGGGCUGCCGUACUGUUGAAGCGGUGUUGACUGAUGUGUCAAAAUGGCAGAGGUGACAACACUAGAGAGCCUGCUGGAGAUGGGCUUUGAGAGAAACAGAGCGGAGAAGGCGGUGGCCAACACAGGAAACCAGGGAAUAGAACAAGCCAUGGACUGGUUAAUGGAACACGAGAACGACCCAGACAUCGACGAGCCCUAUGUGCCUCCCGUGGGGAACGUCCUGGGAGGAGAAGCAGACAGCCAAUCCACCACAGAACAGCCGACACUAGCAGACACCGCCGAAGGGACAGCAGAUGAAGACAGCAACUACAUUGUCGACGGAGAGGGUGUAAAGAGGCCAAUGACGGAGGAAGAGAAACUUGAGCAAGUUAGAAGGCUAGAGGAGCUGAUGCGGGUGAAGCAGGCGGAGAGAAGAGAGCGAGAGCGGGAGGAAGAGCUGGAGAGGGAGAAGCAGCGGAGGAGACAGGGCCAAGAGCUGCAGCAGAUCCGCCAAAAGCUGCAGGAGGAUGAUAUGAAAAAACUUGCUGAACAGCGCAGAAAAGAGAAGAUGGAAGACAAACUGGCAAGGCAAAGGGUUAAAGACAAGAUAGCGCGGGACAGAGAGGAGAGAGCACAGAAGUUUGGAGGCGGUGGACCACCGAGCACAGCCGCAUCAUCCCAGCCCGCCCAGCCCAGUCCCUCAUCGCCCACCAGUCACGGCCCUCCACCCACUAAGAAGGAGUAUGACGAGUCCAGGAUACAGGUGCGUCUGCUGGACGGCUCGACCAUCACAACAGUCUUCAAGGCCCAGGAGCCGCUGGCGGCAGUGCGCGUCUACGUACAGAUGAACAGCAACACGCCCGAGGGUCAGGACUUCACGCUGCUUUCACCUUACCCCCGUCACGAAUACACCGAACUGGACAUGGAGAAGCCCCUCAAAGAACUGGGUUUGGUGCCUUCAGCUGUGCUGGUUGUUGUCGUUACCAAAAAGUGAGAUCAGGAGGACCUGCUCUUUGAGCCUACCUCACCUCCACUACAUCGACACAAGAGACACCAGAAAGAGAUAGAUCCAGGAACACAACCGCCACCUUUUAAGUAUCACUCAAUAAGCCAGCUAACUGAACUAAAGCAGAGAAAUGCAGCUCAAAGCUGUGUUCAGAUUGUGUUUAACUACUUUUUAAGAUGUUUUAGAGUAGUAACAAUGAAAACUGGUUUGGUUAACUCACUGAUUGAUGCCUUUUGACAUUCUGGGCAGAUUUGUAUUGAUUGGUUUGUGUGCAGUGAGAUGGACUGUGACUUUUACAAAGUGAGGAUAGCUGGCUUUUGAUGGAUACUGCUUCUGUUUUCAACAACACAUUUAUAAAAACGACAUAGUACAAAGUUGUUAAAUUUUAACGUGAUCCUCACAUAGCAAAGUACCACACAAGACCUACUUGAUUGGUUCUUAAAGGGCCUUAAAUCGAAUCCCUACGAUCUUCCUGAUUUUGUGACAUUCUACUUUGCCAUUUUUUUUUAUAAGUUAAAAUAUAUUGACGUUUACGUCUGCAUAAUCACCAAGAAUCCACUUAAAAUAAAGUUGACUGAGAAUUAUGAUGGUGGA